AUGACAGCUGGAUUGGCGAUGACAAGAUGCAUUCCGAUUGGUUGGGGUCUUGCCUAUCAAUUUCAUGGUUUAUGCCGAAAAGUGUCACCACAAUUUUGCAUGAAUGUUCACGCAAUCACCGCUCACUGUGUUGCCUAUGUUUAUUCAUUGCUACCGCUGUCGUUUUGGUACCGUCACUAUGUUCUCAUCAAAAAAGCUCCAUCACCACUGAAAAUCGCCUUCAUUUGUUUCAUCUUUUAUAUACCAGCUUUUAUUUCAAUGGUAAUGUUCGCCUCAUCGACAAGUGAUCCAGUCAUUGUUAGAAGGAUGUUGAUCGAACACCGAAACAUCUCCCUUUUCCCUGAUGAUCCGAAAGUUGCUGCCCUCAUCGGUUAUGAGAGUAUUUUUCAGAAAACAACCCUGGCCAUUAUCAUUUGGAUCUGUUUGCCAAUCUUUCCUGGCUAUACAGCAGCGAUCACCUAUCGUACUCGAAUCAUGUACAUUUUAAGAGCAAAUCCGAUGAGUAAUAAGACAAAAGAUGCACAAAAGAAGCUGGUGAAGGCUUUAACCAUUCAAGCGAUUAUCCCGCUCUUCAUGAUGAGCCAGGCCUCAAUCUACAUUUGGAGACAAUUUCAAUUACCG